CAUUCAGUUUCGAACGGGACUUCUGAGCGAUCACAGGUGUUGUGUUUGAGUGAAGAAGAGGAUAAGGUAGUCUGUCGAUUGUGUGUUUCAGUGACUAGAUAUCUAGGUACUAGGAGGGCUGAAGAAGUACAGGGACUGCAUUAGCAAUCCGCUAUUUUGGCGUUGAUGCGCGUUUGAUGAUCCAAGGAAGGAGAGCGAAGUGUGCAGCAUUCGAAGGAUUCGAUUCGCGCGCGCUAAUCAUUUUUCGUUUUGUGUUGGCUGCUGUUUUUUGAAUCGUGUUUUGUGCUGAGUGCAACUCUAACAGGAUUUACUGGCAGAUAGUAGUUGUUGGAGUCAACAGCGGUGUUCCUGUGGAUAGUGUGGUUUUGUUGGGAGAUUGAUCCGGAGAUUAAUCCGCAACUGGAUAUAAAGGGAUCUCCUCGGUGCGUUGAUGGACUUCGAAUUUGGUGGUGUGUUUAAUUGAAAAUUGCGUAAAUUUUGAUUACGUGUCGGAUAAGUCUGUUUUCUUGGAAGAAGAAGCUUAACAGGAAGAAGUUCGACAAAUUUGAUCGAAAAAAGUAAAACCUGGUGAAGCUGUGCAAAAAUAUCUACAGUGGAAUUGAUUGUGUCUGUAGAGAGGUCGACCCGACUUAUUAUCGAAAUAAAAUCUCCACAGUGUGUGCUAGAGAAAGGAAAGGAGGGUGAAUAGAAAAAGUGAAUAAAGCAAUUGCAAUUUAGUGAUCUGGAUACCACCGGCCGGCAAAUAGUAAUUUGGCCUCACCAUUGCCCGGAGAGAAACGGACGAAGCUGGAAAAAACAGCCGUAGGGGAAGAAUAUACAGUAACAUUCUUCGGCAAGAGCUGGGCACAUUUUUGUCCGAAUAGCAAGCCGCUAGCCAACCGGGACGAAGUGGAUUUAGGUGGAAUAACAUAACGAAUACGACAACUCUUUCGGCACCGUGUGACUUCCCGGUGGUUACUGUUGCGGAAUCUGAUCAUUCGCGCCAAGUCGCUGUGUGGACCCAGAAGCAGGUGGAACACCUCUCCCAUGUGUGUUUGUGUGACGAGGUCGUGAUCAACAACAGAUCUCGAGUAAUUCUUCGGAACAAGUGAUCUUGAAAAGGUGAUUAGUUCGAAUCGAUUUGAACCUCGCGAGCCUCUGAAGCAAAACAAGGUUAAGAGCGUCGUCGUGGCGGAGAAGAAAGAUCAACAGCGUUCUCAGUGUUGUGGGCGUUGGAAAAGUGCUUAGUGCGUACAAAUCGACGAAUGAGUUCUUUAAGUGGCAAUCCAUCAAGAUAGAAUAAAUACGCGGAGAAGAUCAUAUUGUGAUUAGGUCCGACGCCAUCGAGUGUUUUUGAAGUGGGCACAAUCGGAUUCAUUGUCAUCGGGUGCGUCGUCAUUGACAGCAGCAGCGAGCUGGUAGCAGCGCAAAACUCUGGAGCUCUUCUCAAGUAGAUUCAGUUCCAGUGCAACGCCACCACAAUAAAAGGCAUCAACUGCAGCAACAAUCAACAUUCAUCAUCCACCGGACUUUAGCUAAUCUGCUCCCACAAUGUCCCCCCGAAGGCGGAGUAGUAAUUCCAGUAGCAUAAGUUGGAACCGAUGUUCCACCGUUCUAUCCCUUGCCCUGCUGACGGCCGCGGUUCUCAUCUCCGGCAGUUGGGCAAUGACCAACAGUGUGUUCAAGGCAUUCAGCAAAGAUCAAACGGUCACGUCCAGUACGCUGGGGUGGGAAAAGUUCAACGGCGAGAAGACACAGCUGCAGCAUGCGGUGAAAAUUUACAACCCGUCGGAACAUCCCCGCUCCAAGGAACUGUUGGACAGUGACCAGCUAAGCCACGCCAGCUACGUUUGCCGGAUACAGAUCGAGGGAAUCUACUGUGCCGGCCAGACGCACAUGGAGGACACGUCCACCAUCUGUGAGGCAUCACUGCAGUCGGACGUCCGGCGGCAUCGGACGUUCGAGGUGCUGGUGAAUCGGAACGGGGGCGGAAAGCUCAAGUGGCAACCGUGGAACAAGUUCCGAGCGGAAAAGUUCCCCGGUGCUGUCAGCGCCAGCAACGGCAAGGUCGACGAAUACUACGUGGCACGGUAUAAGCUGGGAAAUCACGGUCAUCAUCAUCCCUAUAUCGUGGGCAAUUAUGACCCAUUGGAGAAGCUCGGUGGACGAAUCUACGCUCCACUUCCGGGAGGAGAGCCUGGCAGAGUGGAACACGAGAAAGGAGAUAUCCUGGUCGAAAUUGAGCCCGUUCAGUACGAACUACGAAACAUCAGAUUGAACAAACUACGAACGGAUAUCAGGAAGAAUACCACCAUUCUAGGAUCCACAAUCCUAUCGAACACCGAGGACAUGACCAAUCAGGCUGAAACGGUCAUUACAUACGAUUACACGAAACUGACUUACUACGGUAAGCAUCCAGGUGUAGGCAAUGGCGUUCCAACCAAGGUUAUUGACCCCCGAACGCAGCAAGCGGUGGACAUCUUCUGGGGCGUUGAUCUAACGGAGAGGAAGUUUGAGACCAAAGCCAUUAACACGAUACUGCAGCCGGGAACCGCCAUCAAUGUGACCUUGUUGGGUAACUACACCGUAAUGGAAGCACCGUACACAGCGCUCCUUAAGGCGUACUAUGACGAUAACAAUGAUCCGGUGUCGUGGACACUGACUGGAUAUAUGCUCAGCAAAGACAUGGAGGACGUCAAGAUCGAGUUUAGCCCCAUCUACUGGAUUGAGAAUGGCACCUUGGUGCCAACGACGACGACUACCACUACAACGACCACCACAUCGACGACGGAGGCCACCACUACCAACGAACCGGUUCCGAUUACGGACACUCCUAUUGCGGACCUCGGCAAUCGGCUCGGCGUGGACGAGGAAAUGAGCAACGAAAUCAACAGCCGAGAAGAGGCUGCCAGCAGCCGGAGUAUCGACAAGCCGGAAAGCAGCAUCAGCAUGUCGAGCAUUGGCGGCGCCGGAUCCGGAAAGCGGCAAGGAGGUGCCGGCAGUGGGGCCACAUCCCGGUGGUCACCAUCCGGGGCGGCGAUAGGCGUCCUGGUGGCGGCGGCAUGCAGCAUGGCAAUCGUGGCACAACGGAUUUAACUCUAGGCAUUUCGACGUAGCUUGUAAGUUGUUUUUCUCUUGAGACGAAGAAAAGUGAGUUUAUUUUAAUUACUUUCCAAUUUACCAACUUCAGUUUUGUUGUUCCUGUGUCCGUUUUAUUAUAAUUUUUAUACAACUAAUUUAAGCGGAAUGAAAGCGACGCGGAUAGAGAUCAUUGGGGUGUGCAGAAUAUUAGAGACGUAAGGUACAAGUGAAGGAAAUUUCUCAUCACAUUGCUCUUGUUUUUUUACUAGCUAAUAAGUGCGCGUAAGUUUUAAAAACUAAGUUAAACAAAUCACUAUAUCAUUCUGUAAUUAGGAGAAAAUGAAUGGUUAAAUUUAUCAUGAAAAGUUCUCAUCAUUUUUUUCCUGUCGAAUGCAAAGGAAAAUCGAACCAGUGAACAGCUUUCACCUUGAAGUUGUCUAAAGAAGAAACUUGCUCGAUGCAAAAAAUCCGUAAAAUCUAUGUUUGUAUCAUGUACAUAUAGUUAAUAUAUUGCAUUAGUUUAGCAUUAUUAUAACUAUCUAAAUUGAUUAUUACGUAGGCAAGAAAACAGACGGCAAUUGAUUUGCAAUUCAGAAUUUAGUCAGUGUCGGAUACAUUCCAAUUUAAUGGUAGAAGAUGUGGAAUUAUUUAGAACGGUACGGCCUAUUUUCAAGAUUUACAUUCGGCAAAACAUAAUCGAAGGCAAAUGAUGGGAGUAGUGGCAUCUGGUUCAAUCGAAUGACAUUUAUAUUUUGGAAAACUACAAAAAAUCAAUCGCACUCGUUAUUUUCAGACAACUGAUAAAUUAUUGCCCAAUGGCAUGGGUCUCCAGGCCAAAACCUUGUUCGAUCAUUGAUACACUGCCAAUUCCACGAAAUCUUCCAUAGGUCUUAUUUGUUUGUCGAUUCCUUCGAUUGAACCAAAUGUGCUGCUUUGCUUUGUGAAAGAUGGCGUAAAAGAUGCGACAGGGCUAAGUGUUUGAGAAAAGAUGAUUAGGUUUUAUUUUUAAGUUUAACUAGAUAUUUUUCAAAGGAUAAGAUAGAUUCAUAAGAAGAAAAGCUGCUUUAACGUAUGUAGGAUAUCAAAGGGUAAGGUUUGUUUUAAAGUUUGUUGAAAAAAACGAACUUUUGAGCAAAGUUUCUGACUUCCUUGAGGUAACUCUCUAUAAAGGAUGUAUAUCAGAAUUGGAGCUCUGAUAAUUGAUCUGAAGCGUACGAUUUUUAAAAUUAACUUUGAAAUAUUCUAACAAUUUAUGUUUUUUCUAUCUUUAAUAACGAGAUUUUUAGCCCUGGGCUAGUUCAUCUCGGGUCCUGAGAGAGAGGAGACAGCUCACUGACAGUUGGUAUGUUUUUUGCCUUCUUUGCCUUCUUCCUUUGAUUCUUAGGUUGUACGCAACGGUCAGAAUAACUUUUUUGGUCAAAAUCAUAUUCACUUCUUAUUGUUCAUUAGGAAAAAGGAUAUGAAUAUAUAAAAUCAAUAGCAGGAUUGACCAGGAAGUUGUGAAUUCAGAGGGUCACUCUUCCUUGAGUUCGUGUUAGCAAUCAUAUUCAGUGAAUAUUCGGAGAUCUUCUCGAACGUCUACCCCAAACUGUGUCAAAGAAGUAUUACAUCCGUAAGCUUCCGCCAAAGGGUCCAAUGAAAAAUCAAAAGCAUGGGUCCACUGAUUUUAUAGCAUUGAGGAGUACUGUUUUAUUGCUUUCGUUGGUAUCAAAACCUCAAUCAGUAGAACGAGAGUAAAAUACGCAAUAUUUCCUGGACUGUAGCUCAUGCCCAAUGGGAACGAAUUCCUAAUGAAUGAUAUCUAGUCAAACCUGAAAAUAAAAUCACAACAUCAAAUCUUAAUUAACGAUUUGACACAAUUCACAGUAAAAUUUAGAUUUCUAAAUGCUUACUUUGCUACAUACAUCACCACUGUAAUCGAACGUAGGGAAACCAGGAGAUUAGAGUCUAGAGUACAAACCGAAUCAGAAUUUGGACCGAAGUUGUAUGCCAAUCAACCCGAUGACAAACGGUUUUUAAGCCUAAUUUGAUAGAACCCUUAAUACCAAAUCGCAUUCUCUCUAUUUCAAACCCGUAAAUAAAUUGAUUACUCGGAAUCAUUAGCUCGAUGAAACGGACUCUUGUGUAGAAUAAUCGAAAUAUACAAAAACAAAUAGAAAUGAAUCACAAUAAAUACUAUCUUUUUCAGAUCUACUAACCACAUGAGAAAAAAAAAACAAAAUCCAAAACACAUAUAAAUGCCUUGCGUGUGUGAUCAAUAUUCUUACAUAAUUGAAAACGUCGUGUUGAAGCAAACGUGUAAUAUUUGUAAAGCUGACGCCUGUAGUAGUUCUUGGAAAUCCCGUGUAAAAAAAUUGCUCCCUAACUGCUGCGAAAUCCCACAAAACAUUGGGAAUGUGAUCAAUAUUUCACCAGUUGAGUCCGAAAUGUAAGAGAGUUAAAGUAAAGAUAUAUGGAAAGGAGCUUCGCUUUAUCAUGCUUGUUAUCAAAAGUUAGUUUAUGUCUUGAGAGCUUAGAACGUAACUCCAAAUUGAUUCUAAAAUUUUAAACUAUCAGUAGCUAACGAUUUCAUCCCGGGGGAAAGAAUUGAAGAACAGCUAACUUUGGAGAAAAUAACAAAACGCGUAACUUGCCUUGAUUUGCCUGUGCUUCUCCAGUAUGUUUUCAUUAUUUACAAUUGUGCAAAAUGAGAAACGGAAAAAACGCAUCUAUUUAUACAUUAACCGCAAUGAACCUGUAAAUUAACCUGCCAAAAUCAAAUUCAAUGAAGCAAGAAAGGCUCGAUUCUAGUGAACGAAGGAAAACGAUUAGGGAUAAAGGAAAACGAAGGAAUUAAAACAAUAGCAAAAAAAUACUCCGCUCUCUCUCUAUCUACCCACUAUUUGGAUUGAACAACCAACAACACUCACGUACAGAAGUAACAAUCUUCAAGAUCCCUGACAAAAUAAAAAAAAAAACAAUGAAUUGAAAAGACAAAAAAAAAAACAAUUGAAUAAUGAAAUUAUACAAAUUGCGUAGAAAACAAAAAAACACAGACGCUAUUUUUAUAAUCGUAUUUAUUACCAGUAGCAGUUAAGCGUAACGGAUCGCCACACCACUGUGACGCCCGAAGAGGAUUGGAUAUCGAUAGGAAUCAACAUCUUUGCCGUGUUCCUUUUUGCUCUUUAUACACACACACACCGUGGUAGAAGAAAAACAAUGGACGUUGCUAAAUUUAUGCAAAAGCGCGAAAUAUUUCAAAAGAAAAAAAAACACUAGUCUGUAAGUUGAUUGUAUGCUUAGGAAAUCUUCGAAGCAAAUGGAAGAUACAAAUUUUAAGCAGGCAAUGUGAAGCAUAAUGUGACGACAGCGAAAUGUGAGAUGGAAGAGGCAUAAGAGAAAGCAAACAAACAGACAAA